UGUAAACAAAAAUAAUCGUACUCAAGCAUUGCAGUCAAAAUGGCGUCUUCCUGGAAAGUGAAGUUUGUCCCUUUCGCAGCUAGCGCUCUUGAACUUCUUUGGACUAUUUGCCUAGUACAAAUUUUAGUUGGGGUAGCAUGCAGCCAGUAUGAUGAAUUUGAAGGAUACUUAUUGUGCAGGAAAUGCGGCUAUGAAAUAGCUAAAGCACAACACCUUUUCUCUAUGCCCAGUAGCUUGGCACUAAGACAAAGAAAUGAUACUAUUGCAAACAGUGACAAAGUGCUCAUUCAGCUUUUUAAGAAUCCUCAAGGUAUAUAUUUUGAGCUAAUUACAAGCUUAGAAUCUGAGCUGGAGACUGAACCUCAGAGGUAUGCUUCAGACAGCUGGUUUCCUGGCUAUGCAUGGAGCAUCGCCAAGUGUCCAAAAUGUGGUUCACACUUAGGAUGGUCGUUUACUGUUUUGACUGAUGUUUUAAAUUCAGCAGAAAGUCAGCUUUCAUCUUUUUUUGGUCUGAUACUUGACAAAAUUAUGCAUGAAAAUGAUGUUAAUAACUUGAUUGCGCUGCCUAAAACUUAUGCCAGCUAAUGCCAAUUGUUCGUGUGAUGCAAGAUGUUUGUGGUUACUGCUUAUCAAAUCAGCUGUUGACAAGAUGUUUGUGGUUACUGCUUAUCAAAUCAACUGUUGACAAGAUGUUUGUGGUUACUGCUUAUCAAAUCAGCUGUUGACAAGAUGUUUGUGGUUACUGCUUAUCAAAUCAACUGUUGACAAGAUGUUUGUGGUUACUGCUUAUCAAAUCAGCUGUUGACAAGAUGUUUGUGGUUACUGCUUAUCAAAUCAACUGUUGACAAGAUGUUUGUGGUUACUGCUUAUCAAAUCAACUGUUGACAAGAUGUUUGUGGUUACUGCUUAUCAAAUCAGCUGUUGACAAGAUGUUUGUGGUUACUGCUUAUCAAAUCAGCUGUUGACAAGAUGUUUGUGGUUACUGCUUAUCAAAUCAGCUGUUGACAAGAUGUUUGUGGUUACUGCUUAUCAAAUCAACUGUUGACAAGAUAUUUGUGGUUACUGCUUAUCAAAUCAGCUGUUGACAAGAUGUUUGUGGUUACUGCUUAUCAAAUCAGCUGUUGACAAGAUGUUUGUGGUUACUGCUUAUCAAAUCAACUGUUGACAAGAUGUUUGUGGUUACUGCUUAUCAAAUCAACUGUU